AUGUCCGUGUCCGUCCCUAGUCCAGCAAUUCCUGCCGCAACUACUCCACCUCCGCCUACUGGAUCUAAGAGGAAGGCAGAUGAUGCCCUCGACGCGAGGAAGAAGGCGCGCUGUGAAGAUGCCGCGCCACCCGCUAUUGCGCAGACAUCAACCGACUGUGGAACCCCGUCCGCACCAGCGGUGGCGCAGCGGCCUUCAACACCGGGCAUGGAUGUAGACUGGACCAGCACUACCCCUCCACACUCGCCAUGCCGCACAUUCGUACCAGUGACACCGACAUCUCGCACCAUUGCACCCCUCCCCCGCACGCCAACCGCGCAGAUUGCAGGAUCGCGGGUUUCUGUUGCUACCACCACAGCAACCGCCCAUGACGUUUCCCGCCCACACAUCACAGAAGAUGAGAAGCCUUCCGCCGUCCCCCAACCACCUGCACCACCCUCUGUGAUUGAGCGUUUUCCGCACAAUGGUAUCCCAGUCUUCUCCAACUCUCUCGCAGCCCAACAUGUCACGCGAUCGCCUGCGGCACGUCCCCCACUCCUGGCGACGGCCUCUCCUUUCUACCAGCCUCAGCGGGUACCCGCUUUGAUGCCGAGCCCCCCGAGGACUAUGCCGUUGGCCCAUAUGACAAUCCCUAUUAUCCAGGUUACCGACACAAACGGCGACUGUGAGAUCAUGGGCGAGGAGCCUCCAGUGGCGUCCGGGGUGACCCACGAACUCCAGGUUGCGACCACUUCCGCCGACGCAGAAAUGCAAUCCACCUCGGCCGAUGCUGUGCUGCACACGCCCGGGACCGCGCUCGCCAUCACCGACAAUGUGACCCCCAGCGAAGACAUGGACAUUGACAUUGACGUCGCUCUUGAACCUGCACCCAUGCCCCAAGUCGAGAUCCCCGAGACCAUCCUCGAGGCCGCUGAGCCCGGCGACACCCCGGACACCAAAGUAGCACCGGUAAUCCCUCGCUCUGCUGUUGCCGGCCCGUCACGCUCUCGCCCACCUACGAUUCUUUCCUCUUUGCCAGUUCGCCGUCCAUCGACACGUCCCCUUUUGCAUGCUGCCCCUGCAGAGACCCUCACGCAGGCCGUUGUCACGGAACCCAUCCUUCGGCGCAAGCCAUCCUAUCCUUCAUCCCUCGGCUCUGGACCGCUUGCCCGCCCCACGCAACGCGUCGUUUCCAACCCUAUGCGCAUGUUCAACCCUCCUCCAGCUGUGGAUAAUGACCCAUCACCGACCUCUCCUCGCUCCGUGUCCGAGCCCGUUCGCAAGCCUCAGUCAACACGUCCUCGUAUGAGCCUCAGCAUGUCGACACGUCACCAGGACACUACGCGGAACCUAGCCGGUCUAAACGAUGCCCUCGCUAGGCUUCGCAUUCCCUCCGAGACGCGUACUCGCCGCCCACCGUCGGUGCUCAUGGAAGAGCGCCCCUUGAGUGCUUCCGCUCCUGCACGCAUGUCCAACCCUGCUGCCCGCAAGCUUGGCGAGAAGAACCAGAACACCAACGGCGGCCUGGGCGAUAUCAAGGAUGCCACUGGGACAUUCCUCAAGGGCGUGGUCGCGUAUGUCGACGUGUACACCGCCGAGGGCGACGAUGCCGGCAGUACGUUUGCCGACAUGCUCCGCAAGUGUGGCGCGAGAGUGCUGGUGAAGCGCCCAACUGAAAUGUGCACCCACAUCAUCUACAAGGGCGGCCGCUCAGCCACAGCCUCCUUUGUCCGGAAGCUCCCUGCUGAGAAGCGCCCACAUGUUGUGGGCAUCAAGUGGGUGACUCGCUGUGCGGCGACUCGUUCGCGUCUGCCCGAGACCGAAUUCCUCGUCAACCUCGACACCGAGGAUGUGUUCCAGGUCCGUCGCAAGUCGAUGGAGCCCAAGAGCCUCGUUCCUGUCAAACCUCUUGUCUACAAUGUCCCCUCCGGAAUCAGCGGUGGCCUGCGUGCCGCGCUCGCCCCGUCUGCCGCCCAGAACCAGCAACGUUAUGCCCCCAAGAUUAGUUCGCCACUCAAGAAGUCGUCCUACGUGCCUUAUGACGAUGAGAAUAGCAUGUAG